AUGACCAAGUUAACUAAAGAUUAUUUUGAUUUAUACUCACUUCGAAUGAAGAAUGAAGGUUUCAGAGCACGAAGUGCUUACAAAUUAUUAGAGAUAGAAGAGCAGUUCAGGAUAUUUGCAGGCGUGCAAAAGGUUUUAGACCUUUGUGGCGCACCUGGUAGCUGGUCGCAAGUUUUAUCUCGACACAUCGAACGCAGCCCACAACGAAAACUAGUAGCUGUUGAUUUACAACACAUAGGAGAGAUUGAUGGCGUAGAAAUAAUUCAAGGCGAUAUUUGCAACAAAUCUACUUUAGAAAAAGUUUGUAAUUUAUUUAAUAAUUGCAAAAUUGAUUUAGUAGUUUGCGACGGAGCUCCUGACGUGGCGGGUUUGAAUUCAACAGCUGAGGACUUACAGUUUUCACUCAUUUACUCAGCGUUAAUUUUUUGUAACCAAUUAUUAAAAAAAAAUGGUACUUUUGUUUGUAAAACUUUCAUGGGAAAAAGACAGCAUUUAACUCAGUUUAUAACAUCUUUGUUUUUUUCACACUGUCAUUUUUAUAAACCUAAAAGCAGUAGAAAAGAAAGUUCCGAGAUUUUUUUGAUUGCUACGGGAUUUACUUAUAAUAAAGAUUACGAAAAUAGUUUUAUGUUUGAUCAUGAAGUGAUUUUGCAAAAACUCAUAUCAAGUAUUAAUGAAUAA